UGAAUUCAAUUGUGUCUGACAAAGUUUGAAACAGCAGGUUGGAAAAAGAAAAAGGAAAAUCGAUUUGUGUGUGUGUUGUGUUCACUCUCCUGACACCAUCACGUGACCAAACUCGUACUACAACAUAGUAGUCUCUUCUCUUCUCUCUAGUUUCCCAUUUUGCUGUGUCUUCAACCUCACGCGCCAUUUUUGUAAUUGGAAUUCAACCUUCCUUCACUGUUCUCCAUUGCUCUGUGUGUGCAAGGGUUCUCUGUUCUUCCAUUCCUAGAUCUUCUUCCCAAGGUGCUUGGCAAUGGGGAUCAUCUCCCGGAAGAUCUUCCCUGCAUGUGGGAACAUGUGUGUUUGCUGUCCUGCUUUGAGGUCAAGCUCACGCCAGCCAGUCAAACGUUACAAGAAAUUGCUUGCUGACAUCUUCCCCAAAUCCCCGGAUGAGCUUCCCAGUGAAAGGAAGAUUGUAAAAUUAUGUGAAUAUGCAGCAAAAAAUCCUUUCCGGAUUCCAAAGAUUGCAAAAUAUCUUGAAGAAAGGUGCUACAAAGAACUCAGAUCUGGGCACAUAAAACUGGUGACGAUUAUCACGGAAUCGUUUAACAAGUUGCUUUCCAUUUGUAAGGUGCAGAUAGCAUAUUUUGCUCUUGAUGUGCUUAACGUAAUUACGGAGCUCUUGGGCUAUUCUAAGGAUGAAACAAUUCAGACACUCGGUUGCCAAUCCUUAACAAGGUUCAUCUUCUGUCAGGUAGAUACUACUUAUACUCAUAACAUUGAGAAAUUGGUGAGGAAAGUAUGCAUCCUAUCGCGGGAGCAUGGGGAAACACAUGAAAAGCGCUGCUUAAGGGCGUCAAGCUUGCAAUGCCUUUCAGCAAUGGUUUGGUUCAUGGCUGAAUUUUCGAACAUUUUUGCUGAUUUUGAUGAGAUUGUGUGUGCCACUUUAGAUAACUAUGAGUGGAUUAGGCAAAGUCAAGAUGCCGAUGUCAGGACAGAGGCGCAUCAUAAUUGGGUGGAUGAGGUUGUACGGUGUGAAGGUCGGGGUGGUUCAGUUGUUGGUAAUGACAUUCGCUCUAGCUGCUUGAUCAUCCAGCCACGGCCAGAAAUAAAGGAUCCUUCCCUUUUAACUAGAGAAGAAAUUGAAAAACCUGAAGUAUGGGCUCAGAUAUGCAUUCAAAGAAUGGUAGAAUUAGCCAAGGAAAGCACAACUAUUCGUCGUGUACUGGAUCCAAUGUUCGUCUACUUUGAUUCAAGGCAGCAUUGGGCUACUCAGAAUGGGUUAGCAAUAAUGGUUUUAUCCAACAUGGCUUACUUCAUGGAGAACACGGGGAAUCAACGCUUAAUUCUAGCUUCUGUGAUACAUCAUCUUGACCACAAAAAUGUUAUGAAUGAUCCCCAACUUAAGUCCUAUGUAGUUCAAGUUGCCACAUCUUUAGCUAUGCAAAUUAAAUCAAGGAGAGGAUUGGCGGAGAUUGGUUUUGUUGGCGACCUUUGCAGGCAUCUUAGGAAAAGCCUUCAGGCCACAAGUGAAUUUGUUGGAGAGCAAGACUUGAACUUGAAUAUCACACUCCAAAAUUCCAUCGAGAACUGCCUACUAGAAAUUGCUGAUGGGGUCAUUGAUGCUCAGCCACUAUUUGACUUGAUGACCAUAAACCUGGAAAAUAUUCCAUCUGGUGUCGUUGGAAGAGCAACCAUCGGAUCACUGAUAAUCCUUGCUCGCACAGUCACUUUAGCGUUGGCCCGUUUACGGUCGCAGCAGGGAUUUCCUGAAUCUCUUCUUGUGCAACUCCUAAAUGUAAUGCUGCAUUCAGACGUGGAGGCUCGUGUUGGAGCACACCUUAUAUUUUCUGUACUUCUUUUUCCGAGCUCCUUCCAUACACAUGAAGUGUCGUCUCUGCGGUCCAGAUAUCUCGAUCAACGCAAUAAAAGGAAUUCUCACACUACAUCUGCAUCUGCUUCAAUUUCUGCUUUACUUGAAAAGCUCCGCAGAGGUAGAGAUGGUUCCAAGCCAGAAAAUCGUGGGACCAUUGUUCAUGAUGGAAAAGAAAGGGAUAUCGUGGCUGAAGAGUCGAAGCAAAGCAGUGGCUUAAAGAAUUCCCCUAACUUUUACAAACUCAGCUCUAUCAUUGAGAGGGCUACAGGAUCCCCAAGUCUGAAUGAGACAGAACCGUAUGUUUUGAAACUAAGUGAGGAUCAAAUGGCCCAGCUGCUUUCUGCCUUCUGGAUUCAAGCCAAUCUUCCAGAUAAUUUGCCUUCAAAUAUUGAAGCUAUAUCUGAUUCAUUCAUAUUCACACUAAUCGUUUUACGCAUGAAGAACCUGAAAGACAGGGAGAACCUGGUGAUCCGCUUCUUUCAGCUUCCUUUGUCUCUGUGGACUUUGUUGCUGGACCCAAGUAAUGGAACGUUGCCCCCAGCAUGUCAGAGGUCUAUCUUUGUGCUAUCUGCUUGCAUGUUGAUAUUUGCCUGCAAAAUAUAUCAGAUUCAUGAUCUGAAUGAUGUGUUCAUGUCAUUAGCAGUAUCUGAAGUUGAUCCAUUCUUGGGUAUCAGUGACGAUCAUCAAGUAUAUGCUAAGAUCCAUAUGGAUGUAAGAGAUUAUGGUUCGGCUGCUGAUAAUCAGUUGGCCAUGUCAAUAUUGCCCGAGUUACGAAACAGAAUAUGUAAAUAUCAUCAAACCAUAAAGGAUGUUUUGGUUCAUAAUUUAGCUAUGAUCAUUGAGCUGGAUGCAGAAAACCUGGCUUUGCAAUUGUCAGAGACCUUCCAGCCUGAUGAAGAGUUUAUGUUUGGUCCACAGUUAACUCUUGAUCAGAAUCAAGCGAUUGAACAUUCCCAUGAGUCACUGUCAAUUGAUGGGGAUUUUCCCUCAAACUCAGCAGGUGAAGAUGACACAACCAGUGAAGCUUCCGUCUCUGACAUUUCUAGAUUUAUUCCAAAGAAUCCCGUAUCCCCUUCUGCGCCUCAUGUUAUCAGCAUUGGACAACUUAUGGAAUCGGCACUAGAAGUAGCAAGUCAAGUGGCGGGAACAACUGUCUCCACUACGCCCCUUCCCUACAACACCAUGGCUAGCCAGUGUGAAUCGCUCGGGACAUGCGCAAGAAAGAAGCUCUCAAAUUGGCUGGCCUACGAGAAUCAUCACACACAAACCCCUGAUAGGUUAUUUCUGGCUAUUGCUGAUCAUAGAAACUCAGCACUUGAAAAGGUGGCAAAUGAUGAUGGGUAUGCCCAAAACCAAGUAGCUGCAUUGCCAAGGGACCCUAGGCUGGCUGUGAAACUUCCCCCUGCUAGCCCCUUUGACAAUUUCCUUAAAGCUGCUGGGUGUUAGUGAUAGAUUAGAUGUCUCAUGUUAACAUCUUCUAUGUUAAUUUGUGUAUCCCUCUAAUGUUAAAUAUUCUUCCAGACAGGAAUUUCUAGUAGUAGUAGCUUGACAAAACUUGAAUAUUAUCAUAGUCCUUGUAAUGAGUAGUUGAAUCUUGGUACUUUAUCAUGUUAUUGUAGAACAAUUUCUGAGCUGAACUGUUCAUGUCUUUAUGGUAGAUGUUUUUUUGUGGGA